CAGACGUCACGCUUAUGUCAUCGUACGUCACUUCCGGCGAUAGACCCUGCUUUUCCGAACUAAACAGUAACGAAAGUAGACAUUUCUUUACCAAAAAGCUGUUGGCAGGUAUGGAAUCGGCAUCUUUUAGAUUAUCGUCUGACUGGCUAGACGACCAGAAGGCAGCGGUAUUAUUUUCUCCAUUUCGAGAUAAGGCUUUGAAUCCUCAUUCAUGGGACAAGAAAAUGAACUUUUGGAUAAGUGCUGUUUGGGAGUGCAUUCUGGUAAAGAAUAAAUUCGUUUGGAAUCUGCAAGGACUGACUGAGUGCUUUGAGAGAAAAGGAAAGAUCCCAAAAUGUCUUGAUUCUGUAAUCGCAGAAAUGAUCAAAAUGGGAAAACUGAAGAGGAUGACAGAAUUCGAGAAACAAAGCAGUUCUUGGACAGCAUGGGGCUACGACACAUUUCUGAAAAGGCCUCUUUUGUGGGGCUUAUCAAAAGUUUUUUCUAGUUCUUCACUUGCAGAAAGUGAUACUUUUGUGAUCCCUGAAUUGAUUAAGAAAAGGUCAAUUGAGGUUAUGGAGCUUCACUACAGUCAAGUGCAGCAUGCAACAACUGACAAUAUUGUAGAACUGACUACGUUUAGGAAACAGUGUGAAAAAAUACUUGAAGAUGAUACUGAAUUUGAAAUGGUUAUCAAGUACUUACAAGUCAACAAGCAAGUUCUGAUAAUGAAGGAGAAGGAUGGAACACUGAUUGUCAAGUUUAGCCAUCAGUUAAACUCUAAGGUGAUUCCAUUUGAAGAAAUAGAGCUUAACAUAUUCAGGAUCCAAAAAGUUCUGAGGCAGUUGGAGCAUCAAAUAGAGACACUCUCUCAGCAGUCUGACAUAUACAGAUUAGAAGCGAAGAAGCUCGUGAAGGAGAAGAAGAAGACCCUGGCAUUGCAUCAAUUAAGGAAGCAUCGUACACUGCUUCGUCAGAUUGAAAAAAAAUCAGCGUGUGCAAAUUCCUUACAUGCUAUCAUGCACAAAAUUGAAGAAGCAUCCUCAAAUGAAUUGGUGGUAAAAGCAUAUGAAAGUGGUCUAAAUGCCAUUCUUCAUGCAACUGGUAAUCUGACCAUUGAGAAAGUGGACAAAGUUUUGGAUGAUCUUCAGCUGGUUCUUGAAGAUCAAGAAGAGAUUAACCAAGCUAUUUCAGGUGUGGGACUGCCAGGAUCAGAUGUUAGCCAGGAUGAUCUUGAACGUGAACUGAACAGUUUAUUAGCAGAGUCAAAUGCUGUCAAAGAAAAUGUAUCUGAUGAUAUAAUGGAACCGAGUCAGAAUAUUGAAGAUCUUUUGGAGAACAUAGCUACAUUCUCCUUGAGUGAUCUUCCUGAAGUUCCUAGUGGUUCACCUGGCAAAUCCAAAAUGUCAUAUGAUGCUCUCACUGCUACAUAAAUCUCAGCUAUAUGAAUGUGAUUAUCAUUAUUAUAAAUGUCAGAAUCAUCUAUAUUUUUUUUAUUUAGUUGGGUAUGACUCUGGUCAUUUAGAACUAUCGAGGAUGAUGUGCAAGGCUAUUCAUGUUUGUGUAUAUUAGAAAAAAAAAGGACUCAGCAGAUCUGAAAUUAGGGGCAGAAAUCAUAUUUGUUGUCAGAGUGAAUGACAUAGUGUAAAUGACAUGAGUAAAACAUGUAAUUUUUUUGAAGAAGUGGACAGAACUUUAAAUGUUCUUUGCCUGAGCAUCACUACAGGAAAUAAAAGUCUUCAAACAUGGACA